AUGGAUUCUCCAUGUCCACUUGGUUAUCAAGAGAGCAGCAGUGAUGAAGGAAGAACAACCUUAGCUCUUCGCAUGGAGACCAGGAAACUAUCACGGUUCAUAUCGCGGCGUAAACGGGACAAGGCAGUUGAGUUAUGUACGCGCAAUCCGAGGCUCCUGAGACAAGGGAUGACGAACUCGAAGGACACCGCCUUGCAUGUGGCCAUCAACGAGAACAAAGUUGACGUCGUGGAGAAGUUGAUCGGUAUAAUCGAGGGUAAGAAAACAAACCAGGCUCUGAUAGCACAGAAUAAGAAGGAUGAAACCCCUCUGCAUUGCGCGGCCGCGAGAGGGUCCGUGCGAAUGUGCGAGCUGAUCCUCCGUGCAGGAAGCAACAUGGAUGAGGAUCUGCUAGGUAUUCCCAACAAGUGGAAUGAGAACCCGAUAUUCGUCGCGGUUGUCCAUAACCGUAAACUAGCCUUCAUCUACCUCUACGAUGCUGCAUGUAAAAAAGGAGAAGACCCAUGGGAUUUGUACCGAUACUUGGUUAUUAGAGACCCCUAUGGUAGAGAUUUGGCAUUCUACAUCAUCAACAAGUGCCCAGAGCUUUCGCAAAGCUUCAAUGCGAAGGGACUAGGUAUACAAGUUGAUCCACUGAAGUAUGAUCCUAAUCCUACUUCUAAAACAAGUCCAGGUCGUAAAAGCUCCAACAUUUUUAGUCUGCGUUCUGCCCAUAAAAAGCAAGGUGAGGAUCCCAUAGACAAGGUUGAGAACAUAACAAAUAGAGCCCUGUUGGCAGCAGCAGAGACAGGUGUGAUAGAAGUAGCGUAUAAGAUUCUACGAAGAUUCCCAGGAAUCAUCCCUGAAGAUACUGUGGGAUCAACGAACAAGAAUAUAUUGAUGGCGGCUGUAGAGAAUCAGCAGACAGAGAUAUUUGUGGCACUUCGACAACUUAUGUAUGUGAAAUCAUUUGUGCCCUCCCACUACCUUUUCCUUAAGAACGAAAAAGACGAAACCCCGGCACAAAUCUUCACUAGAGACCACAGAGGUCUGGUGGAAAAGGGCAACACAUGGCUUAAGGACACAUCUCAAUCUUGCUCGGUGGCGGCGGCGCUGGUGGCCGGAGUUUUGUUUGCGACGUCGAGGUCCAUCCCCGGAAGCAUUGACGCCAAGGGCAAACCAACAUUAGAAGGACAUCCCGCGUUUCAACUUUUCGCCAUCAGCGGACUCAUAGGACUCGGAUUUUCCGUCACGGCGCUCAUCAUGUUCCUCUCCAUACUUACAUCUCGAAAACAACCCAUAGAUUUCAAAAGGGGUCUGCCAUUAAAGCUUCUUCUGGGUUUAAGCUCAUUGUUUGUGUCCAUUGCUUCCAUGUUCAUAUCUUUCUGUGCUUCACAUUUCUUCGUGCUUGAGGACAAGUUCAAGAAAGGAAUCUUCCCUCUUUAUGCCGUCACUUGUCUUCCUAUUUCAUUCUAUGCCAUCGCACAGUUUCCUCUUUACAUGAAUCUUAUGAAAGCCAUUGUUAAGGACGUUCCCCAAUCCCAAAAAUAUGUCCAGUUGUGA